UUCAUGGGCCUUUCCUGGGCCAAAAAAAUGGAAAACCCUAUGUCAUCCAGGCGGUCAACGCCAGCAUCCAGCUCCUACGUGCGAGCGCCAGCCGCCCUCCUCUCCAGCGCGUGGACGCGCAGCCGGCCGCCGCCCUCAUCUACACCAGCGUCGCCGCUCUACCCCCUCCAGCGGACCAGCGCCGCCGUCGGUCGGCCUCCAGCGGACCAGCACCGCCGCCCUGACUCCCUCUCCUCCAGCGUCGCCACCCACAUCCUCCCUCCACAAUCCUCUAACAGCCAGUGCCCCACCUCUCCUCCCCUCUGCCCCCCUCCUCCCUCCACCAUCCUCCAGCAGCCAGCGUCCAUCCCAGGUUUAGGUUUCCAGCAGCCAGCGCCCAGCCCAGGUUCAGGUUUUCAGUGACACUGAAGCACCCCAAGUUCAAAUUCAGACAUAGUAAGUCACCAUGUCUUCGUCCAUGCAAUCUUCAUACCUUCCUGCUACCACUGAGUCCGUAGCCAAGGCUCAGGAGGCCAAGGACGCUUCUGAGUCCAUCUCAAUCCUCUACCGCGUGCUUGAGGAUCCCUCUUCAUCUGCGGAUGCACUGAGAGUAAAAGAGCUUGCCAUCACGAAUCUCACAAACUACCUCACAAAAGAGAACAGAGCUGAAGACCUCAGGAACCUUUUGACCCAGCUCAGGCCCUUUUUUGCAUUGAUCCCCAAGGCGAAGACUGCGAAGAUUGUGCGUGGCAUCAUUGAUGCCGUUGCCAAGGUGCCUGGAACAUCUCAGCUUCAGAUCUCACUGUGCAAGGAGAUGGUAGAAUGGACCCGUGCAGAGAAGCGAACCUUCCUCAGGCAGCGUGUGGAAGCAAGGCUGGCAGCCCUUCUGUUGGAGAAUCAGGAGUAUACUGAGGCUCUUACACUCCUUUCUGGACUCAUCAAGGAAGUUAGGAGGCUGGAUGACAAGUUGCUUCUUGUGGACAUCGACCUUUUGGAGAGCAAGCUCCAUUUCUCUCUGAGAAACCUUCCAAAGGCCAAAGCUUCUCUGACUGCUGCCAGAACUGCAGCCAAUGCCAUUUAUGUGCCGCCAUCUCAGCAGGGCACAAUUGAUCUGCAGAGUGGGAUCCUUCAUGCUGAAGAGAAGGAUUACAAGACUGCUUACAGCUACUUCUUCGAAGCAUUUGAAGCUUUCAGUUCACUGGAAGAUCCCAAGGCUAUCUUCAGCUUGAAGUACAUGCUUCUGUGCAAGAUAAUGGUCAACCAAGCUGAUGAUGUUGCAGGAAUCAUCUCAUCGAAGGCUGGCCUCAAGUAUCUGGGUCCUGAUGUUGAUGCUAUGAAAGCUGUGGCCGAUGCCUACUCCAAAAGGUCUCUGAAGUACUUCGAAACUGCUCUCCGUGAUUACAAAGCUCAGCUGGAAGAAGAUCCUAUUGUCCACAGGCACCUUUCCUCGCUGUAUGACACUCUCUUGGAGCAGAACCUCUGCAGGCUGAUUGAGCCCUACUCAAGGGUGGAGAUUGCUCACAUAGCAGAGAUGAUUGAGCUGCCAAUGAACCAUGUUGAGAAGAAGCUGUCCCAGAUGAUCCUCGACAAGAAAUUCGCAGGGACACUUGAUCAAGGCGCUGGCUGCCUCAUCAUCUUCGAGGACAGCAAGACUGAGGAGAUCUUCCCUGCCACACUUGAAACGAUCACGAAUGUUGGCAAGGUUGUGGACAGCCUGUACAUGAGAUCGGCCAAGAUCAUGGCCUGAAAGAUGCAGUGGGAGGCCUAGGUGUCGUCAGCUUCUUUUCUUGGUCUAUUGUCAGUUCAGUUAACCAAACUUUAGCUGUCCAAGAGACAUCUUAUUGUGGAUUUUUUUUUUAUUUGUGGUUUUGGGUGGCAGACUGUUUGCGUUACAAUUUGCUCAUGUUGCUCAUGAAUACUCAUGUUUCUGUUUGAUGGAAGUACUGUUAAGGCUAUGAUGUUUUUAUACUUUAUGUUA